UCCGUCUCUCCCGUGCCAUCCCAAGCACACGCAGCACGCAUCCCCGACGACGAGCUCCCCGUAGCCACUCCUCCUUGUUCCGGCGGCAGCGGAACGCAUCGAGAUGUCCAAGUACGUGGAGCUGCUGGACAUGGGCGUGCGCAUCGCCGCCAGGUUCCACUCCCACUGCCCGCAGACGGCGCGCAUGUACUACAAGCCGCCGCAGUCCACCUCCUCGUCGUCAUCGGGCGCCGCCGAGGCCGCCACGACGGAUCGGAGGGCAGCCGGCUUUGACGGUGGCGAGGACGUGGCGGCUGGCUUCCGGCCCUUCGCAGCCUCGGGAGCUCUCGGCGCCGGCGUCGUCCAGCCGCGGUUCGGCUUCGACACCGCGCAGGUCGUCAUCUACGAGGUCGUAUGAGUUGAGGCUCCGAACAACGAGGGCGGGCUCUUCUGGGGAGAGAUCUCUUCGAUGAGAAUAUUUUUGAGGCCAAGGAAUUGAUCGAUUUAUAACACCAUUCUUUAAUUAGUUUGUGUACAUGCCGAAAGAAUUGAUCAAAGAAAGAGUUUUUUGUUCUUA